AUGGCAUGGCAUUCGUCGUCAGAAAAUCCAACGAUAGAAGCGAGCCUGCCCUCACGGCCGCCUCUUGUCCCGCAACAAUCCAGCUCUCUCCCUUCGACCCCGUACCAACAUGCACGUGGAUUGUCGUUUCAUUCGAGGUCACCGUCGCCGCGACGUCGCAGCACGUCUCCCCGCUCCACACACUCCGAAACAAAUUCUUCAUCGACCUUUCGAAAGCCUCUUGGUGGUUGCAAAUAUGAGACAGCGAUGGCAUAUUUUCGACGGCGGAUACCCUACAGCAUCGGAGGUGAUCUCUUGCCAGAAGAGAAAAUAGGGUUGAAAGAAGGCCUCAACAAGGAAGAGGAGGAGAAGCUGAGUGCCGAGAUGCAGGAUUUAUAUGAGCAACUCUUGCCAUCAGCUGAAAGCGACGAGCGCCGGCGACAGCUUGUUCAAAAGUUGGAAAAGCUUUUCAACGAGCAGUGGCCAGGCAAUAAUAUUGAUGUGCAUGUCUUUGGCUCCUCAGGGAAUAAACUAUGCACAAGCGAUUCUGAUGUUGAUAUUUGUAUAACAACUUCUUUCAAACAGCUUGAAAAUGUGUGCUUGUUAGCGGAGGUUCUGGCACAGCAUGGAAUGGAGCGAGUGGUAUGCGUCUCUCAUGCUAGAGUUCCUAUUGUGAAGAUCUGGGACCCGCAAUUAAAGAUGGCCUGUGACAUGAAUGUCAACAACACAUUAGCUCUGGAAAACACACGCAUGAUCCGGACCUACGUGGACAUCGAUGAGAGGGUCCGGCCAUUGGCCAUGAUCAUCAAACAUUGGACAAAGCGAAGGGUGCUCAAUGACGCUGCACUCGGUGGUACUUUGAGCUCUUACACUUGGAUAUGUUUGAUCAUCAACUUUCUCCAGACUCGCGAUCCACCCAUACUACCGAGCCUUCAACAGCGUCCGCAUAAAGCCCAGAAAGUGAUAGAUGGUGUUCAAGUAUCGUUCGACGACGACCUCGAAUCGUUACGGGGCUAUGGCCACGCCAAUACGCAAUCGCUAGGAGAACUGCUUUUUCACUUUUUCAGGUACUACGGCCACGAGGUGAAUUAUGAAAAGCACGUUGUCUCCGUCCGUGAAGGAAAAUUGAUCUCCAAGGAGGGAAAGGGUUGGCAUCUUCUGCAGAACAAUAGAUUGUGCGUGGAAGAGCCGUUCAAUACAACUCGAAACCUGGGAAACACAGCAGACGACAUCUCAUUUCGCGGUCUGCAUACGGAACUACGCCGGGCAUUUCAAGCCAUCUGUACAGCUGACCUGCAGAAAUGUUGCGAGCAAUUCGUCUUUCCACCUGAAGAAGAACGUAUUUUCGAGCGGCCGGCCCCGCAGCCUCUCCCAAUUCUUGCUCCUAUACUACCCACUCAACCUUCUGGUCGUGGCGGUCGCGGUGGCGGUCGUGGUGCUAGACAUUCAAAUCACUACGGCCGUGGGGGCAAUAACUCUUCACGUCGUUCUUCAAGUGCGACGAAUCGCAGCACAAAUGGAAACGGUUACCGGACGAACAAUAUUCCAUUAUCGCCAGACAUGAAUAAUAUGCAUGCUCAACAGGCGCAGUAUCUCCUCCACGAUCAACUAUACCAACAGAUUCAGUUUCUACAAGCCCAGGAGCAGGAGUUGCGAAUACAGUUGCAUAACCAAUCACUGUUAACUGGUCGACCUCCGCCAGUGCUCAUUCGCCAACCUUUGAUCCAGUUUUCAUUCCCACAGCAAGAUGCCAGCACGGAUGAUAGCUCCCGAGCUCGGGCAGGAACCGUUAGUCACCCGCCAAUGACUCCUUUGCGUCCUGGGAUGUUCUAUGGUCCGACCUAUGUGCAAGUUGCCUCUGCAGCCCUACAAGGAAGCAAUACCAAUCCUCCAUCUCCAUCACUUGCUCACGCCGUUCCUGAUCUUCGCCGCAAUCCUCGCCGAUCUUCUGUUGCAAAUGGCUCCCCAAGCGGAUCUUUGCGCUCCCACUCGCAGCCUGCAAGAUCUGUGCAUUCUCCGGUUAUGCAAGGCUUGGCUCCAUUACACUCAUCAAUACCUAGUGAUGCAUCUCGUAGUUCACGAGAUCGAGCGCCACCAAGCUCUCCAGGACGGACUGAUACAGAAUCCAGCCUCAAUUCCCUUUCGGCAUCAACAGUGACUACUCCCACGUUCUUUGAUGAACAUCGACCCUCGGAGUUCGGCGGCUACUAUCUGAUGCCACAUAAUUACCAUCCAGGCUACAUGGCUAUGUCUCUCCCCGCCACAGCGUAUCUUCAGACCGCAGAUUACCGUGCGGGCAUGCCAGCGUAUAAUGAUCCAUUCGGUUCUACAGCAGACAAUAGCUCCACACCCAGUGCACAACCCGUGUCACCACGUGGUUACUCGGCGCCUGCACAGACACAACGCGAUCGCGGUGGGCCUCUAAUUAUCGAUGGUUCUGUUCCGCCUCAGGAGUCCAAAGCAUCUUCUCGUGAUGAGUACUCAGAUCGAUAUGUGAGUCCGGCUGGGACAAGUGACACUGUAGUCGGCUGGGAAGUGCCAUCCGAGAAGGCAGACGUGUUUUCCAAUGGGCUUCAAGACAAUACAUUCGAGAUGGAUCCAUUUUCGACGACCAAGGAGCAGGAUUGCCAUACUCAGAUUACGAAAGAGGCAGACUCGAAUCUCAAAGAACGCUUCCAGGGACUACACUUGGCGAAUGCUGAACCACUCAAGCCCUUUUCGGAACGAAAGAGUGGGAAGUCAGGGUAUGCCAAUGGAGAGUUUUCGCCAUCUAGACAUUCUCACCAACAACGCCAUCAAGGAAAGCCGAAUGAUAAGUCAUCGUCGACGGGGAACCACGGUGGCCAUAAAGAAACGCUAUCAUCUUCGCCUACACACCGAAACCGUGCAAAUGGUACAGACUCUGAUAAGCCGAACGGAGUCAGCCAUAACCAUAACCACAAGCCUAAACCGAAGGCUUCACAGGACACGCAUGUAGGCUCACCUUUACUGAACCGGAAAGACGUCCAACCAGCUUCACUGCCUCGGAAACCUGAUGGACUACCACCAGUUAGCGGGCGGGAUCAUAGCCAUACUAACGGGGGGUGGCAGACGACCAAAAAGAAGCAUAGGCGCAACGUCAAGUCCAUGGCGGAGACUCAUCACCAUCCGCACUUGGCCGAGCCUCUACCGAUCGACGAAUCUCUGCGAAAGGGUGGUUGA